AUGUUAUCUUUCCUCCUAUGGUGCCAUCCAAAGAAGAGGAAGGAGAGACAACUAUGGAAGCAGAUUGAAGAAGAAGCUGAGCACUUGGACCAGCUUCCAUCAUGGGAUGCUCCCGACAACACUUUACUGCUGCAAGCCUUUGAAUGGCAUGUGCCAGCUGACCAAGGUCAUUGGCGUCGUCUUCACCAGGCCUUACCAAACUUCAAGGCGAUUGGGGUAGACAACAUAUGGAUCCCGCCCGGGUGUAAAGCUAUGAAUCCAUCUGGUAACGGGUAUGAUAUUUACGAUCUGUAUGACUUGGGAGAAUUCGAGCAAAAGGGGUCUCGAGCUACUAAAUGGGGUACCAAAGAGGAGCUCCAGUCCUUGGUAGCUGCAGCCCAAGAUUUCGGUAUAGGUAUUUACUGGGACGCUGUCCUCAAUCACAAGGCGGGAGCAGAUUACGCAGAGCGCUUUCAAGCUGUCAGGGUUGACCCACAGGAGCGUAAUAUGGAAAUCGCCCCUGCAGAGGAAAUUGAAGGCUGGGUGGGAUUCAACUUCUCUGGGCGUGGCAACCACUAUAGUUCGAUGAAGUACAACAAAAACCACUUCAGCGGUAUCGACUGGGACCAGUCGCGUCAAAAAUGCGGAGUCUACAAGAUCCAAGGACAUGAAUGGGCGAACGACGUCGCCAAUGAGAAUGGAAAUUACGACUAUCUCAUGUUCGCCAACUUGGACUACUCCAACGCGGAAGUACGACGCGAUGUUCUGAAAUGGGCCGAGUGGCUCAAUGCUCAAUUGCCUCUAAGCGGCAUGAGGUUGGAUGCGGUCAAACAUUACUCGGCUGGUUUUCAGAAAGAGCUUAUUGAUCAUCUUCGAACUAUUGCUGGGCCAGACUAUUUCAUAGUGGGCGAGUACUGGAAAGGCGAGACCAAGCCGUUAGUUGACUACCUGAAGCAGAUGGACUACAAGCUAUCACUGUUCGAUUCCGCUCUGGUUGGGCGGUUCUCAAGCAUUUCACAGACACCAGGGGCGGAUCUUCGCAACAUUUUCUAUGAUACAUUGGUCCAAUUGUACCCAGAUCAUUCUGUCACUUUCGUUGCAAACCAUGAUACUCAACCAGGUCAAUCCCUCGAAGCGCCAGUAACAUCAUUCUUCAAACCCCUCGCGUACGCCCUUAUCCUUCUCCGUGACCAAGGGCAACCAUGCGUAUUCUACGGAGACCUUUACGGCCUCCAAGCCGAUGUCAAAGAUCCAAUGACACCGUCUUGCAGGGGCAAGCUGUCCAUCCUCACCCGAGCUCGAAAGCUCUACGCAUAUGGCCUGCAACGAGAUUAUUUUGACAAGCCGAACUGCAUCGGUUUUGUCCGCUACGGUAACCGUCGGCAUCCCUCUGGUCUUGCAUGCCUGAUGAGCAAUGCGGGUCCGUCGAGGAAGCGGAUGUAUGUUGGUCGACGACACGCCAAGCAAACAUGGACCGAUAUCCUGCAGUGGUGUGAUCAGACUGUUGUCAUUGAUGCCAAGGGACAUGGAGAGUUUCCGGUUAGUGCGAUGAGCGUGAGUGUAUGGGUGAACUCCGAGGCUGAGGGGAGAGAUAGCCUCUCACAUCAUUUUGAUGAGGACAUAUACAAACUAGCUUAG